AUGAAACAAUUUUUAGUUCUCUUGCUCAUUUUAUUGGUUACGCUUUCAUCGGUCCAUUCUAUUCCCAAUCAUCUUCAAAUAAGAAACACACCAAAGUUUGCGGAAUGUAGAGGAAAAUUUCCGGAAAAAAUCAACGUAAAACUUUCACCAUUACCUCUCGCUUUUGGUAAAACCCAGACCGUUACAGUCUCUGGAAAAUUAAAGGAAUUUAUCUCUGAUGGUACCACGUUACGCCUUGGAAUUAGUAAUGGUGAUGGGGACGCGAUCUUCAGCGAAAGUUCGGAUUUUUGUGCUGUACCUGGAAGUCCGUGUCCCGCUGGUCCUGGUACUAAAUUUAAUACGCCGGUGAAAUUUAAUUUACGAAACAACGACACGCCUGGACCAUUUAAGGUUUUGGUUCGUCUUGAAAUUGGUGACGAAAUUUUGGCCUGUUCCCGUGGUACCGUUGAUGAAUAA